CAUGUACAAUCAUUCAGAAGUGUUACGCAAGUAUUUUGGCUUUGUAUUGCUUGGCGUAUAACUUCUAGGAACACUUGGGAUAGAGCAUCAAAACGCCUUCUUCUUCCUUCAUCUCGUUUGUGUUCGGAGUUCCCUGAAUAUUUUUAGAUCGUUUGCGAAUCGGGAAUAUUUCUGGUUACAAUACCUGUAUUACACUGUAGUCUGUACUAGUAUUAGGCACAAGUACUAUGUUACACGGUGACUGUUUGUAAGACACGUCAGGUUGAUGCCCUUCACCUUGUGUGCGCGACGGUCCAUAGAAACUAGCUGCUGUGUACCUGCAAAAACGACGAGUUGCAGACGCUAGAGCGGUCUCAACAGCACAAGCACAGAAGCGCCUGAGUGACAGCUGAGAUCAAGCAUUGCAAGGAUGAAUAUUGCGGCGUACCAACUCUCGGUGGUUGCCAUAGUUCUGGGCCUCACGGUGUCCCCGGUGUUGCUUGGAAGCGCAGCUGAUGACGUUGUGUCAAAGUUAGUGACCAGUGUUCAUGUGAUGGCGUGUGCUCUGUGGCUCGGCACGUCCCUGUGGAGUGCAACCUUUCAAGGUGUGAUCAUGCUCCAGGUCAUGCCCCGACAUGCCUUCGGUGUGGCCCAGGCGGCCGUCUUUCCGCGCCUCUUUCUCUACGGUGUCAUCUGCACUGGACUUGCGGUGGUGACGUUCGUCCACCAGUAUCCGUCCGCCUUCGCCAGCCGUGAUCAGUUCAUCCAGGCUGUUGUGCUGCUCAUCUCCUUCGCCAGUACAGCAGUCAACUAUGCGCUCCUAGUUCCGGCUUCCAUCACGCUCAUGUUUCAAUGUCAUAAGUUUGAGAAGGAAGAAGGCUUGGGCGAGCAAGUCGGAGAUCCAGAUCGCAGUAAACUCAAGGACAACACGGCAUACUGGGCGAGUCGCCGCGGGUUCCUGCGCUAUCACAUCCUCACGCAGGUGCUCGCUCUCGUCUCCUGCCUGUGCAUGGCGUACCGCGUCGCGGUGCUGGCCAGCCGCCUUACGUCCAUCUGAUCACCUACUACCCACCGCCCUUGGUCUGUACUCUAUGGUGUUUGGCAUGUGCACGCACUGUACAGCAAAGAAGUAGCCAGACAUGUACGCCGCAUGCAUGGCUUUACGCCCAUCUGACGACCCACACAGGCCGCCGUCCUUGGUCUGUACUCUGCAGUGUAUGGCAUGUAUAUGUAUGCCUACACACACACUAUUAUACUAGGCUUGCUUUAUGUAUCCUCUUCCUUGUGGCAUGCUGCCAUCGUCAUACUGUAGAACCCCUAAUUUUAGCAGGUAAAAGUUUUAGUGUAUUUUGAAUCUAGACCCAAUGUAUCCUCCUUGUGGCAUGCUGCCAUCGUCAUACUGUAGAACGGCUAAUUUUAGCAGGUAAAAGUUUUAGUGUAUUCUGAAUCUAGACCCAUUCCCGGUGAAAUAUUUUAGCGACCCGUGUAACUUUAGAGGAAUAUUUGGUCCUGUGCUGUAUUUGGUUGCCUGCUGGUUUGUAGAUUCUUGUUUGAUUGUAUUGAACUUCAUGUCAUUCUAAUUCGUCUUGAAAAGUCACUCUUGAUAGAUACACUCUCA